UUUUAACGGUAUAUUGGCAUGUAUUCGAAAUUGAAAAUAAUAGAGGUAAUUUACAAACGCCUACUGGUGUUAUUUUGUUCCGUGUCAUUGGUUAGUGGCAAUGAUUACAAAAAUAUGUCAGAUUUUUAAAUUUUCAAUUCCUACUACAUACAAAACAUGUUUGUUUUUGCAAGUGAAGGUCCAGAAAUGAAAUCAAAUAGUUUGUCUAAUUCGCAGUUUUCAGUGUUGAAACAAAAUGUUCUCAUGUCAGACCAAACUCAGUGACAGUGUGCCGACAUCCGGGAAAAUUUUAGGCAUUUAACAAUGUUUGAUCCCUAAAUUCUAGUAAAAUGUAGCCUUAAUUAAAUUGAAAUCAAAAUUUUAGUGUAAUAUUUUUUUCAGUUUAUAAACCUACAAAUAAAUGCUAGUUUAUCGGUGGUUGUAAUAUAUUUUUAAUGUCCGGCUGCCGUGUCACAGUGACAUGUGGUGUGCUUUCGUACAAUUUAAUUGUGGAUAAAUUGUCUUAAUAAAGGCCAAGAUUACUGUGAAACUGAGCCAAUUGAUUGCGCAUAUGGCGUACAUUUAAAUAUAAAAUUCGUAAUACUGCCCACGGAACCAAGGUAACAGUUGAUUUGGAAUAUAACCAAGGAUGGUGCACCUAGUGGCGAUGGAAAUGCUGCCCGAGGAGCGGGACCGCAAGUACUACCAGGAGCGGUACACGUGCUGUCCGCCGCCGCUCUUUAUCAUCUGCGUUACGCUGCUAGAGUUGGGCGUAUUCGCGUGGUAUGCAUGGGGCUCAGGCGGCGUGGCGGCGGCCGCGGGGCCCGUGCCGGUGGACUCGCCGCUCGUGUACCGGCCGGACCGCCGCCGCGAGCUCUGGCGCUUCCUCACUUACAGCGUGGUGCACGCCGGGUGGCUUCAUCUGGCCUUCAACCUCCUCGUACAACUAGCGGUGGGCCUACCUCUAGAGAUGGUUCAUGGAGCAAUCCGGUGCGCCGCGGUGUACCUGGCGGGGGUGUUGGGCGGGUCGCUGGCCGCGUCGGUACUGGACCCCGACGUGUGCCUGGCGGGCGCCUCGGGCGGUGUGUACGCGCUCCUAGCCGCACACUUGGCCAACGCGCUCCUCAACUUCCACGCCAUGCGCUACGGCGCCGUGCGGCUUGUGGCCGCGCUCGCAGUUGCCUCCUGUGACGUUGGCUUUGCUGUUCACGCCAGAUAUACCAAGGAGGUGCCGCCGGUGUCGUACGCGGCGCACGUGGCGGGCGCGCUGGCGGGGCUGACCAUCGGGCUGCUGGUGCUGAAGCACGCGCAGCAGCGGCUGUGGGAGCGGCUGCUGUGGUGGGCGGCGCUGGGCGCGUACGCGGCGUGCACGCUGUUCGCCGUGCUGUACAACAUCUUCAGCGGGCCCGUGGACGAGCUGCACUACAUGCCGCCGGACCCGCCGCCCAUAGCCGGCUUCUGACCUGAUCGCGCGCUCACACCUCCCGACACUUCAUCUUAGGCUUUGUGUAAACUCGUCUCGACCCUCUCGAUGGGUUCGCUGACGCAACCAAAAGAUUCCACGCCUCGAGAAAACUUUAGUGAUAUGAUUUGAAUGAGGUUGCUUGUAGUCUCCUAUGAAUAAUCGAGUGCUGAGUGUUCCCGUUUGUUAUGUUUAGUUUGCACGUCAAACAUGUUUACAUCGAAGCCUAAACAGUAAGUUUAGGGAAACGGUGCGUCCCAACCACAAAACGCCUAGUCAAUUUCCUUAGUGUGAUUCGCUAUAAGUAGUAUUAAAAUCGAGGAGGUCUAUUGAUGUCCGAUAUAUUACAGAUAUGUUGCCUGUUUCGACGGCAUAUUGUUUACAAAAUUUAUUAAUGUUCGUACAAGAACUGUCCACGUUAUACUGUUUAAUAUACAGGGCCUCCUCGCGACACUUUUAUUGUUAAGUAGUGUUAAUUGUAUUGAAUAGGUGAACUAUUUUUGUACCUACUGUCAGCGUCCGUAGUGUAUAGGAUGAAGGCGUUACCGCGACACAUCACAUUAGUGUUCCCGAGUGGACCGGGCGGCGUCAUUACACGCAGUAUUUAUUAACAAGUAGCUUUUACAAACCGCCGAGCACUGAGUUGGUCACGUCGCCCGGCGUAGUUGUGCCCGACACACCAAAGAUUAGAAAUAAAAUGGCGUCCAUGCACGAAAGAUACAAAACUUUCCGUUUUCAUCUGUACUCCAAUCUGAUUUCGUACAAUUUUAACGCAAUGUUUGCUCAGAACGAAGGAAGUAUGCCUCAGUAGUUGAUUUCGUCUGAUUGAUUGUUAUGUAAGAAUAAAUUGCUCAAUUGCAUUGAUUAUAUUUUAAUCAGUAAUGAUUAUGCUCAAAAGUGAGUUUUUAUUUUAUUUUAUGGGAUCAAUUGAUUGCUAUUUUAAUUAUAUUAAUUUGUGUAAUGUGAAUUCGUCCAUUUCCAGUGUAAUCAUUCGCAUUUUAUCUAUUUACUAAAAUGAAACUGUAACCGGUGUUUUUUCUACUUACUAGUAGGUAUAGUGUUAUUAAUAAUGUGCCUGAUUCCUAUUAUAAUAAAUUCGAUUGUAUACUUUAAUUCUAAUCAAAUGUCUCAAAAUGACUGAAUUUGUAUAAAUUAUUGCCGAGUGUUUUUCGUUUAAUUUAUUU